CACCUCCCGCCUCGGGCAGGGCCUUCGCCAGCCGCGCCGCUGCCCUCGCCCGCCGUUCUGCUGUCCCGGUAAUAUUGCUAAAAGAAAGGUUUUUCCAAUCAGCACCGGCUCAUCAGUGCAACCUGCAAAAGGGAAUCAGUUUGUGCACCAAAUGAUCUGUAAUGCUACCCAAUUACAUCAGGGACCAAAUAUUUCCCAGGACUAAGUAAAACUUUUGUAACAAAAUGUGCUAUGUAUUAAUGGGAUAUUUAAAACACUGCAAGAUCUUAUUUCUACAAAAAUGCUGGUGGAUGUCAACAUGGCUUAGAUGAAGUGCUUCCCACUGAGAAAAAUAUAUUACUGGUGUUUGUGCUACUCUGAGACUCGCUAACUCCAUUUGUGGUAGUGGCAAAGUAGCACAACUGUAUCAAGAUGACCGACCCUAUGAUGGAUUUUUUUGAUGAUGCCAAUCUUUUUAGCGAUACCUUGGAAGGAUUAUCGGAUGAUGCCUUUGUCCAAGCGGGGCCUGUUUCCCUGGUCGAUGAGUUGAACUUGGGCGCAGAGUUUGAGCCGUUGCAGAUUGAUUCUCUAAACCACGUGCAGGAGGCACCCACUCCGCAAAAGAUGAACGAUUACGAGCAUCUCAACCAGUACGACUCUCUGAAACUCCAAGUCAGUCAGUCCUUCAGCAGCCCGGUCGGAAGCGUUUUAUCCCCGCAUUCCGACUUCAGUUGCUCUCCUGUCCAUCCGCAAACUCAAACGAAUGGGUUGUUCCCUGACGAUGUAGCAGAUGGGAGCCCGAUGUGGGGCCACCAGACCUCGAGCAGCGUUUCUAACCAGAACGGAUCUCCGUUCCAUCAAGGGCCCCCGCCGUCUAUGCAGCAGAACAAAAGCUUUGUAGCACACCACAGUUUUGCCUUAUUUCAGGCCAGCGAACAGCAUCAUCCGUGUGCCUCGUUGCAGUUGCCGCCAAGCGUGAACGCAGGAGAGAACACGCGGAAUCAGCCUGAUGGUUUCAUGGAGGUGAAUGCGUCCGUUUCACAUAGAACUAACGUUCCCCGCCCCUCCCAAGCUGUUGACAUAUCCAAAUCACAACAGUCUAUCUCUAUGCCACCUUUUUCCCAGAGUAGGAAUAACUCGCCCCACUUCAGUGGCAAUCAAGAAGGAAGCUACGACGGGCCCUCUCCUGCGAUCACGUCGUGCUCUAUUAACACCCAGUUUUCUCCUCCUUUUCCCUACAAUAGCAACCAGAUCUCUCCUUCCAGUCUUCUUCAAUCUUCCACAACUCUUUCUGUUGGCCAGCAAGCGCACCCUCUGCCUGACUUUUCGGGAAGCGAAGCUUUCGCAACUCGAAGAGGGACCAAACAAGAAGAUCCAGAGAGCCUCCUCAAUUCAAGUACAUCGCUGACUUCAAAUAAUUUCCACGUGUUGCAUUCAGCACAACCUCAGGGCACCUUCAGUAGUUCGAAGCUAUCCGCGGUGAACAUGAAUUUCUCUACCCCUCCUGGUUCGGGUCCUCAGCUAAGCCACUUCAGCGAUCCCAUAGAGGGCAAUGGUUUUCCGUCUUUGGAUGAGAAUUUGCUCCGUCAGGUGGAGUCUCAAAGUGCAUCGUUUACAGAACUUGACCCAGAAGCGCUUCUCCAGGAAGAUCUCCUUCCCCAGUUUGAUGAAACUGCCUUUGUUCAGGAUGCCCCAAGUAAUGAUUUAGAACAUCAGCUGGAACAGCGCCUUGUCCCACAAGCCAACCUUCUUCCGACUCAGUCUCAAAACUGCAACCAUCCUUGGUAUCCUCCUGCUUCUCAUCUACAUCAGCCGGAGCAGAGGAACAUCAGUGCUCAAGCCCAGCCACCCUCUGCCAAGAAAGCAGAUGGUCCCGGGGUCUACGUUAAGCUGCAGAAUACCCAGGUGAAAUCAAUGCUGGAGAAGAAGCAGAAGAAAAAAGUGGAAUCCGAAAGCAAGCAGGAGAAAGCCAAUCGCAUCAUAUCCGAGGCGAUAGCCAAAGCGAAAGAGAGAGGGGAGAGAAACAUCCCGAGAGUCAUGAGUCCAGAAAAUUUCCCAAGUGUUUCGGCAGAGGGGAGGGAAGACAAAAAGGGUCGAAAAGCUAAAUCCAAACCAAAGGACAAAGAAAGCCGGAAGCCCAAAACUGGCUCUUCCAAAACUAAAGAGAGGGCAAAAAUUGGCAAACUUAUUAUUACACUGGGUAAAAAACAGAAGAGAAAAAUUGAUUCCUCAGAUGAAAUGUCAGAUGCUAAACAGACAACUCAGCCACCCUUCAAAAACGAAGGUUCACAGAAAAGAAGAUCGAAUCGCCAAGUUAAAAGGAAGAAAUAUGCUGAAGAAGGUGAAGGAAAGCAAUCGGAAGAAGAAACCAGAGUUUCCGUAAAAAUAAAAAAAAAUUCUGCUCCUUUGCCUGCUGAGCAGCCUUUGCAAUUAUUUGUCGAGAAUCCAAGUGAAGAAGAUGCAGCAAUUGUAGAUAAAAUUUUAUCUUCCAGAAUUAAAAAAAAAGAAAUUCCUGGGACUGUGUCAGUAGAAGCAGAAGAAUUUUUUGUUAAAUACAAAAACUACUCCUACCUCCACUGUGAAUGGGCUACAGAGCAGCAGCUUUUAAAGGACAAAAGAAUCCAGCAGAAAAUCAAACGUUUCAAGCUGAGGCAAGCACAGAGAGCCCAUUUUUUUGCAGAUAUGGAGGAAGAACCUUUUAAUCCUGAUUAUAUUGAAGUAGACCGGGUUUUAGAAGUCUCCUUUUGUGAAGAUAAAGACACUGGAGAGCAUGUUACUUACUAUUUAGUAAAGUGGUGUUCCUUGCCAUAUGAAGACAGCACUUGGGAAUUGAAAGAAGAUGUAGACCAAGGAAAAAUAGAAGAAUUUGAACAGCUGCAAGCUUUACGGCUUGAUUCAAGACGAUUGGAUCGCCCUCCUCCUAAUUCAUGGAAGAAAAUAGAACAGUCCAGGGAAUAUAAAAACGGCAACCAACUCAGGGAAUACCAAUUAGAAGGUCUCAACUGGCUUCUUUUCAAUUGGUAUAAUAGACAAAACUGCAUUUUAGCAGACGAAAUGGGCCUUGGCAAAACCAUCCAAUCAAUAACAUUCCUCUAUGAAAUCCUUCUGAACGGGAUAAGAGGACCCUUCUUGAUCAUUGCUCCGCUUUCAACCAUCACCAACUGGGAGAGAGAAUUCCGCACCUGGGCCGACCUGAAUGUUGUGGUCUAUCACGGAAGCAUGAUUAGUAGGCAAAUGAUACAGCGCUAUGAGAUGUAUUUCAGGGAUUCACAGGGCCGCAUCAUUAGGGAGAGCUACAAGUUCCAGGCCAUUAUCACCACUUUUGAAAUGAUUCUUGGGGGCUGUCCCGAACUCAAUGCAAUUGAAUGGCGUUGUGUUAUCAUUGAUGAAGCACACCGAUUGAAGAACAGAAACUGCAAACUUCUGGAGGGACUCAAACUCAUGAAUCUGGAGCAUAAGGUGCUAUUGACCGGCACACCACUGCAAAACACUGUAGAAGAAUUAUUCAGCCUUCUUCACUUCCUUGAACCUCUACGAUUCCCAGCUGAAUCUACAUUCAUGCAAGAAUUUGGAGACCUUAAAACAGAAGAACAGGUGCAAAAGCUGCAGGCUAUUCUGAAACCGAUGAUGCUAAGAAGACUGAAAGAAGAUGUAGAGAAGAAAUUGGCUCCCAAGGAAGAAACCAUUAUUGAAGUGGAGUUAACAAAUAUCCAAAAGAAAUAUUAUCGAGCUAUUUUGGAGAAAAACUUUGCAUUUUUGUCCAAAGGGGCAGGGCAAGCUAACGUGCCCAACUUAGUUAAUACCAUGAUGGAACUCAGGAAAUGCUGCAAUCACCCAUAUCUUAUCAAAGGGGCGGAGGAAAAAAUCUUAGGAGAAUUUAGGGAAACGUAUAGUCAGAGUGCUCCUGAUUUUCACCUGCAAGCAAUGAUCCAAUCUGCUGGGAAACUAGUCCUCAUUGAUAAACUUCUUCCAAAAAUGAAAGCGGGAGGCCACAAGGUGCUUAUCUUCUCUCAGAUGGUCCGCUGUCUUGAUAUCCUGGAAGAUUACCUAAUACAUAAAAGGUACCUGUAUGAGCGAAUCGAUGGGAGAGUGAGAGGAAACUUACGUCAGGCUGCCAUUGAUCGAUUUAGCAAGCCGGAUUCUGACCGGUUUGUUUUCCUUCUCUGUACCAGAGCUGGCGGAUUAGGCAUCAAUUUAACAGCAGCUGAUACGUGUAUCAUUUUCGAUUCAGACUGGAACCCUCAGAACGAUUUGCAGGCUCAAGCUCGUUGUCAUAGGAUUGGCCAAAACAAGGCGGUGAAAGUCUACAGGCUGAUCACAAGAAACUCCUACGAGAGAGAGAUGUUUGACAGAGCAAGCCUAAAGCUCGGCUUAGAUAAAGCUGUCUUGCAGAGCAUGAGCGGCAGAGAAAACAGCGUUGGCGGGAUUCAGCAACUUUCCAAAAAGGAAAUUGAAGACUUGCUUCGAAGAGGUGCCUAUGGCGCCAUUAUGGAUGAAGAGGAUGAAGGCUCUAAAUUCUGUGAAGAAGAUAUUGACCAAAUCUUGCAACGUCGCACAAAAACAAUCACAAUUGAAUCUGAAGGGAGGGGCUCUACAUUCGCUAAGGCUAGUUUUGUUGCAUCUGGAAACAGAACAGAUAUUUCAUUAGAUGACCCCAACUUCUGGCAGAAAUGGGCCAAAAAAGCUGAAAUAGACAUAGAUGCCAUCAGUGGUAGAAAUAGCUUGGUUAUUGACACCCCGAGAAUUAGGAAGCAAACAAGGCCUUUUAAUGCUACAAAAGAUGAACUUGCUGAGUUAUCUGACAUUGAAAGUGAAGGAGAGGAUAAACCAAAACUUAGAAGAUCUUGUGAUCGCUCCAGUGGCUAUGGGAGAACAGAGUGCUUUAGGGUGGAAAAAAACCUGUUAGUUUACGGGUGGGGUCGUUGGAGAGAAAUUUUAUCGCACGGGCGCUUCAAGAGACAGCUAAAUGAACAAGACGUGGAGAUAAUUUGCCGAGCCCUGCUAGCAUAUUGCCUUGUCCAUUAUAGAGGAGAUGAAAAGAUUAAAAGUUUUAUCUGGGAUCUUAUUACGCCGACUGAAAACGGGCAGACUCGAGAAUUACAGAAUCACUUAGGUUUGUCAGCCCCUGUCCCCAGGGGCAGAAAAGGAAAGAAAGUUAAGACCCAAACAAGCACAUUUGAUAUACAUAAAGCCGAGUGGCUUCGCAAGUACAAUCCGGAACAUUUGUUGCAAGAUGAUGGGUAUAAAAAGCACAUAAAACACCACUGUAAUAAUGAAAUUGAUAUCUGGGUCCCGGAACCAGACCACUCCGAAGUGCCAGCCGAAUGGUGGGAUACAGAAGCAGAUAAAUCUCUAUUAAUAGGUGUUUUUAAACAUGGUUAUGAAAAAUACAACACAAUUAGAGCAGAUGCUGCCCUUUGUUUCUUGGAAAGAGUGGGGAAACCGGAUGAUAAGGCCGUAGCUGCUGAGCAGAGAGCAAAUGAUUAUAUGGAUGGGGAUGUAGAAGACCCAGAAUACAAACCAGCCCCAGCCUUGUUUAAAGACGAUAUGGAGGAUGAUGCCUCAUCGCCAGGGGAUCUUGUAAUAGGAGAUGGAGAUGGUCAGAUCAUUGAAGGAGACAAGCUUUACUGGCCAACUCAAUCUGCCUUAACAACACGGUUGCGUCGCCUCAUAACAGCGUAUCAGCGUACCAGUAAGAGCAGGCAAAGCCAGCCAAUUCAAGCCCCGUUUUCUGUCCAGGCUUGUGUAAUGCCAUCUGCCUUUGAAGAAGCUGUUCUAAAUCCAAAAGUAGCUGCCAAAAUUGAAAGACAGCAAAGGUGGACAAGAAGAGAAGAAGCUGAUUUCUACAGAGUGGUGUCUACGUUUGGUGUUGUAUUUGAUCCAGACAGAGCCCAGUUCGACUGGACAAAAUUUCGAGCGAUGGCGAGGUUGCAUAAAAAAACAGAUGAAAGUUUAGAGAAAUACCUGUAUGCGUUCAUGGCGAUGUGCAGAAGAGUUUGUCGCUUACCUUCAAAAGAUGACUUUGUGGAUUCAAACCUUUUCAUCCAGCCAAUCACAGAAGAGCGUGCAUCUCGAACCUUAUACCGCAUCGAGCUCCUCAGAAAGGUACGAGAGCAAGCUGUCCGUCAUCCUCAGCUCUGUGAGCGAUUAAAACUUUGUCAGCCAAAUCCAGACUUGCCUGCUUGGUGGGAAUGUGGGACCCAUGAUUGGGAUUUAUUGGUUGGUGCCGCGAAACACGGAGUGAGCAGGACAGAUUACCACAUCCUUCGCGACCCCGAGCUCUCCUUUAUGUCAGCUCAGAAGAACUACAGUCACAGCAAAGCGGCGCUUCCGAGGACAGCUUCUGCUCCGCUCUUGCAACCGUACCAGAUGGCGCUGUCGGCCUCUCCUCUCAUGCCCCAAGCCAGGCUGCCGGACGCUAAAGGGAUCGUGCUUGAGGACGCAAAGCCUAAGGACGAAAACCACAAAGAACCUCAUUCCUCAGACGAGGAGCCCAUGUCUACUGAAAACGUGCCGAUGGGGGUGAAGGCGGAACCGUCGAGCCCGAAGAGCGGCUCGCCCUCACACGCGGCUGACCCCAAGCCCGUUCCGAAGGGGGAUCACGGCAGGCGCAUGGUGGCAGCGAGGACCGAACCCUUAACGCUAAACGCUGCUUCCAAAAAGCCGAGAUCUGGGAAGAGAGGAUCGGACUCUAGCUGUGACUCCAACUCCGACUCGGAGAGGUCGUCCUGUUCUUCCAGAUCGUCUUCAUCCUCAUCGUCGUCUUCUUCCUCUUGCUCUCGUUCCAGAUCAGGAUCCAGCUCUUCGUCUUCUUCAUCUUGCUCUUCAGCGUCGUCGUCCUCCUCCUCCUCUUCUUCCUCUUCCUCCUCUUCCUCUUCUUCCUCUUCGUCGGAAGAGAGUGACAGUGAUGAAGAGGAGGCCCAAAAGAGACGGGAAGGGACGCCUCACCUGAAAGCAUACGAUGAGGAAAGUGUAGCUUCCAUAAGCACGGUGCAGGACGAAACCCAGGACAGUUUCCAAAUGAAUAACGGAACACCAAAUUCGAAUUGUAUCUUGCAAGGUGGAUAUAUGUUAGCUGCUUCUUACUGGCCCAAG